AUGACGCUGCAGCAGGGCCGGCGCUGGCAGGACAGGCCCAGCGAGGCGAAGUACAAGGGCCGUCGCUUUGGGGACUGGCGCCAAGAGCUCGUAUUCAUCGGCCAGAACAUGCGACAGGAGGAGAUCCGUCGGGCGCUCGACGGGGCCCUUGUGCCGGAGCAGAUUGCGGACAAGCUCGCGGACAAGUUCGUGCUCGGAGCGCCUUCCGGCGAAGAGGGCCCGCACAACGGGGGCGUGACGAUCGGCGUCGGCACGGACUCGAGGAAGAGAACACGGCACAAUCAUACACUUUCUUUUGACGUCACUUCCCCGAGCAGGUGCGUUCAUCUGCGACCGCAGCCGUCGCGCGUGCGCUUCAAUCCCCUUGCCGAGGAGGCUCAGUUUUUGCACGCUAAUUCGUCUGCGGGCCAUCCAUUGGAGUCGCUAUGUCGCCUGAUGUUCUUGAGAAGAAUCUCGGGCCGUAGAGCAUUUGAGGGUUUUCUAUAG